UGCUCGAUUGAGGCCGACCGUGUUUGAUGGAUUAUGCGGCCGAGGAUUGCAAGCAAACCGCAUGAUUUUGAAUCGAAUAAUUGGCGCUAUAUCAUUAACCCCCUUCCAGGAAUUUCGUGAUUGGUUGCUGGGUUCGUCCAUUCCACUGUUUCAGAUAUCGUCCGCAUUCAUCCAGAGGUCCAUGACCCGCAGCCCGGAAGCGAGGGUUCAUUUUACGGAUUUCGUUGAAACCCAGAUUCGGUGGAGUUGGUGUCAUGGAUGAGGAGCAGUUGGCCGAGGAGGAGGAGUUGGCGCUAAUGGAGCUUUGGGAGGCUGUCGUUGUUUGGGAGGUUUAAGAUUUGACGUAGAAAUUUCAACUGGCAGCAUUGUUGCUGCAGUAUCAGGGAGUUAUAAAAUUCAAGUGGUCGGAGAGAUCCUUGCAAAAUGUAGGGCAAAGAGGGUUCUCUGAAUGUGUUUGGUGCCGACCAAUCCGCCCUUAUGUUUUUUUCUGGUUUAAUCAACCGCACGGAACUGUGAAGGAAGUUGAACAUUGAGCCGCGGCCUUGGUGGGAUUCUAGUGUUUCCGUGCCAUCGAACGUCAUGUGCUUGUCCGAGCAAUCACCUGGUGCUUCACCGGCCAAGCUAGCACAAGCACGGGUUUCCUUCUCCAAUGUGAAGCUCCCACCAUGUAAACCACGUAGACCUGCCACCAGAUUACAGAUUUUACCAAACCAGUCACCACUCGGAAAUUUUGUAUCCGCUGCGGAAGGUCUCAUCCAAUCUUUUUGCACAAAAUGGGUUCCCAUUGCAAUCAGGGCUCGCGAGUCGCUCAUCAAGCAUGCCAAUUUUAAGCCAUUUAUGUAUAUGAAUGCUGCUCCUAUUCGCCUAGCUUCACUCUCCAUGAGCCAAGACCAGAGUGGAGACCCUAAAGUAGAGUCUGUGCGUCCUAGUCGGCGUAAAGUUCCUGGACUACAAAUCGGGCAAGAAGCUCCUCAAGAGGAAGAGAGGGUAUUGAUAAGUGAGAUUUUAAUACAAGACAAGGAUGGUCAGGAGCUCACGGAUCCCGAGCUCAACAGUACUGCGUGGCAAGCGUUGAAGGCAUGCAAGCCCAAUUUUGCUUUGACUACCUCUGAGGUUCAGGCCGAUGUCCACCGAAUCAUCGACACAGGCUUCUUUGCCUCGUGUAUGCCGUCAGCGGAGGAUACUCGAGACGGUGUGCGCCUCAUAUUCAAGGUAGAGCCGAACCAGGAGUUGAGAGGACUUGUAUGCAACGGUGCCAAUGUGCUACCUACCCGAGUAGUGCAGAAUGCAUUUCGUGCUGAAUUUGGAAAGGUGGUCAAUAUUCAACGUCUCAACACUGUCCUUGAUACGCUUAAUGGGUGGUACAGAGCCCGUGGACUUUUUGGGCAGGUCACUGAUGUUGAGAUUCUACAAGAUGGUGUUAUUAAAGUCCAAGUCGCAGAGGCAGAGGUGCACAACAUCAACAUUAGAUUUCUGGAUAGAAAGACUGGAGAGCCGACUGUUGGGAAGACAAGGCCAGAUACUCUUCUUCGUCAGUUGACGACCAAGAAAGGGCAGGUGUAUAGUCUGCAACAAGGGCGACGGGAUGUAGAAACUGUCUUCACUAUGGGUAUUAUGGAGGAUGUAAAUUUGGUUCCACAGCCUGCCGGUGAUACAGGCAUGGUGGAUUUAACAAUGAAUGUAGUGGAGCGUGUGACUGGCGGCUUUUCAGCAGGAGGUGGUUUAUCUGGCAAUGGGAUCUCAAAUGGAGCUCUCUCAGGUCUUGUUGGAAGCUUUGCAUAUUCACAUAGGAAUGCAUUUGGACGGAAUCAGAAGUUGAAUGUCUCAUUGGAGAGAGGACAAGUUGAUUCCAUGUUUAGGAUAAACUACACCGACCCUUGGAUCGAAGGUGACGAUAAGCGAACAUCCCGGUCCAUUAAUAUUCAGAACUCACGAGCACCUGGGACCACUGUGCAUGGUGUCCGUAGAGAUGCGCUGACAUCCGGUCCAUUGCAUGGGGGUGUGACGAUAGGUAGGCUAACGGCAGGUGUAGAUUAUAGUCGACCAUUGAGACCAAAAUGGAGUGGCACUGCUGGGAUCAAUUUUCAACGAGCGGGAGCUCGAGAUGAGCAUGGUUCAGUGAAGGUUGUUGAUAUGUACGGUGGUCCUCUCACAUUCAGUGGCCGAGCUUAUGAUGACAUGCUGGUGGCCAAACUGGAAACUGUCUACACAGAUUCGGGAGACAACGGUUCAUCUCAACUUGUUUUCAACACAGAACAGGGAUUGCCUAUUGCUGCAGAUUGGCUCUUUUUCAACCGAAUAAAUGUACGUGCAAGGCAGGGUCUUCGUCUUGGCCCUGUCCGCUGCAUAGCAAGUUUUUCAGGAGGUACUGUGAUUGGUGACUUGGCACCCCACGAAGCUUUUCCUAUUGGGGGCACCAACAGUGUUCGAGGCUAUGAUGAAGGGUCUGUGGGAUCAGGCCGGUCAUGCGUUGUUGCAAGUGGCGAAAUCUCCAUUCCUCUUGCUGGACCUGUGGAGGGAGCGGUUUUUGCAGAUUAUGGUUCUGACCUGGGUUCUGGAAGUACCGUACCAGGGGACCCGGCAGGAGUGCGUGGAAAACCUGGGAAUGGGUAUGGAUAUGGGGCUGGGCUUAGAGUGGACUCACCUUUGGGACCAUUACGGUUGGAGUAUGCAUUCAACGAUUGUAAGGCUCGCCGGUUUCACUUUGGAAUUGGCUACAGAAAUUGACAUGCUCCAGUUCAUGGUUUCGCUUUCAUCACACAUUCGGAACCAUCUUCGUUGCCUCAA